AUGUGUCCGUAUCGCAACAUAAGGUAUUGGAUAGGUGAUUAUCGAAGAGUACCUCCAAUAGCAAAAGAGGAGAAGUUUAAUCAAGCCCAUGCUCAAUUGAGGAAUGUGAUUGAGAGAGCAAUCGGGAUAUUGAAAGUAAGAUUUCCCGUCUUAAUUAAAAUGCCUUCUUACUCAUUUGAGACUCAAAGAGAUAUCGUAAUUGCUUGCAUGUCAAUACAUAACUUUCUACGUCGUAAUGCAUUAGAUGAAUGGCUAUUUAAAGAAUAUGAGAAUGAGACAUUUGAUAUGAAUGAGACACAGGUGGAAGUCGAAGUGGAAGAGGAAACGGAAGAAAAUGCACCUCGUCUGUUUGGACGACAAGAGCAGAUAUAUAUGAACAACUUACGUGAUGAGAUAGCUAGCCUCCUUUAA